ACUUUUCGUGUCAUAUGAGAAGAACACAUGAAGAAGAAGAAAUGGUUGAAAUAGAAAAAUAUCAGAUGAAUAUAUUUUAAUACAAAAUGAAAUCACAUACUAAUUAUACAGAAACAUUUAUUGUCCUUACAAACAAAGCACGUGAUAGAAUGAAUAUAACGUAAUGACUGAACAACUGCUUCGCAGCCUACAAGAUAAAUAUACAUCUGGUUCAUUGAGACCAAAUGAUCUUGAUAAUUCAGGUUUAUCAUUAAUCCAUCAAGCAGCGGCAGAUGGACAGCUGACAUGUUUAAAAUGGCUGAUCAAACAUGGCGGAGAUCCGAAUUUAAGAUCGUCAGAUGGUUCAGUACCCGCCCAUUACGCUGCAGGCGGUGGCCAUCUUCCGAUACUAUUGUAUCUACAUGAACGAUCACGUCAAGCUUUGGCUGCAAAGAAUAACAACGGAGCAACUUUAGUGUAUAUCGCGGCACAAGAAGGUCAACUCGAUUGCCUCAUUUGGUUAACAAAGACAGUAUCUACAUCACCAGAUGUGCAAACAGUCAAUGGCAUGACAGCGGCGCAUGUUGCAUCACAAGAAGGAAAAUAUGAAUGCCUAAGAUAUCUUAUCACAGCUGCGCAUGCGCGCGUUGAUUUGCGGGAUGAAUAUGGGUGUACGUUAUUACAUUAUGCCGCUGCUGGAGGACACUGGAAGAUAGCGAAGUGGUUAAUGGAACAUUGUGAUGUCAGUGGAGGAGAGCAAGAUAUGUCUGGUGCUACAGCACUACAUGUAGCUGCAAAAGCAGGACGGGAGAAAGCAACGCAGAUACUACUGAAAGGAGGCGUAUCUCCUGAUGUGAAAGAUCAUCAAGACAAAACUGCACUUGAGUAUGCUUUGGAUCACGAUCAUGUUUUAUGCAUUAACUUACUGAAGGAGGUCACGUCACAAAGUUUAAUGGAUUUGAAAAAGAAAGUACGCUUCAAUGAAUCUGUUUUCACAUACAAUACAAGUACAUUACCAAAUCGCAAAAACACGUUCAGUAAUCGAUAUAAACGGAAAGAUCGACACGAUUAUUUCCUUGAUGACGAUUUCCAAUCGCAAUUUGACCACUGGAGAAGUUCUCCGAAAACAAAACGAAAACGAGAAAGAAAGAAAAAGAAGGUACUGUAUAAAGGCCGCUCAGAAUAUUUAGUUAACAAAAUUCCUGAUAAAAAGACAAAAAGCGACGAGACAAAUAUUAGUCUCGAUACACCAGAUAUCUUAAAAAACUUAAACAUGAACACAGAUGUCGUCAAAAAUUCGCCUCCAGAAGUACCCGUUCGUAAUGGAGUACCCAUUCUACCAAAACGAAUUUCGUCAGUAAGUUUAACGACACACAAGCAUCAAAUUAAUGACGAAAAAUUUGAACCAAAGGAUUAUAGUUUUGAUUCUACAGCCACCGAGGGAGAGUCUUCGAUGGACACAACAGACGUGUCAAGCAUAAGAUCGCCACGUGACUUACCCGAUAUGCCAGCCGAAACUAGUUCACCACGUCACCCACCCGAAGUUCCGAUCAGACAAAACGGAAUAAAUCAACACGUACUGCAUCAGAACUCGUUUUUUAAUGAUGGUAACUCUCACAAAACUUCGUCAAAGCCUUUCAAAAUACAGUAUUUUCCACCCACAAACUCUUCGGCGCUCUCACGGAACAAUUCAUCACUCUCCACCGUCUCUCCUAUGUUGCAUCCGCAAUAUAAGAGUAUGAUAAAAAAUGAUAAGGGCGAGCGACCAAGUUAUGACGCCACAAAUUAUGUACCAAAGACAUUUAUGUAUAAAUUAAAACCCACAGAACUAAAGAAAUCUAAAAAUUUGAGAACUUCAAAGUUGACUAAUGGUCAUGGUUUGAAAGACAAGCCAUCCUUUACCAACCACGUGUGGAAUUUAGACAUGGGCGUAACUGCACAAACUGAUACUAUUGAUUAUUUCUCAAACAAUAUGUUAUCACAACACAAGAAGGCGAGCACGUGGUCAACUAUACGUCAAGGUUUCUCGUCUUUCUUCAAUUCCAUUCGACAGAAAAAAAUGGGCCAGACCGACCAGCUCACAUGGCCGACAACAAAACCAGCUCAACGCGGCGAUAUCUUCAGCCGAUUCAGCAUUCCAAAUAAAUCCCGGAAAGAGUUUGAUGACUUGUUCAACUCGUCCGCAGAGGGUAGUUACACCACAUAUAACAAUAAGAACACCAUCAAUUCAAGCUUUAUCAAGACCCCUACAACAAAGAGCCGCAAGUUGACUUCGCUGCAAUCCGGAUACAAUGCCGCACAACUUUCACGUUUCAAAACGCGUGCACUCGAUAAUUCCUUGAAAGGAAGAAGUGAUUUCGUAUCGGAAAUCGAUACAACGAACACCUCGAUUAAUUCGUACAUUCGAAGAGGGAACGUUCGAAAGCCUAAAGAAAGAGUAGACGCUAUAAUUUGGUAAUUUCAUUUUUUAAAAAAAUUCCAAUAAAAUAACCCGAAAUCUCGUUGGGGAAUCGUUGAAUUUUUUUGAAAUAGUCCAGCGAUAGAAAUUGAUUUAAGUAAUAAAGAUUCUACGAAUCAGUUUUUUACGUGGCCUACAGUCAUUCGAUAUUUUGAAAAUAUCGAAUGGCGCCAAUGUAUAAACACGGUACUGUGUGAUGUGAACAACUGAAAUAAAUUCUCCCAAAGUCAAAUUGACAACCAACGAAACUCGGCUACAUAAGAAGUGUUCGAGUUAUAUUUUAAAUAUUCGUAGAAAUUUUCAUAUUUUGUUAUCAAAUAAUGCUCAAAAUUCUGUGGUCAUAUCGUAUUCAUUUGAUAAAUACCUAAAAAUAUUUAGCAGUAAAUCUUCUGCAAGCGCAAGAUUACAUAUUCAAAAAUAACUCCAGUGUAUUGUGUUUGGAAACAAACAAUUUGGUCAUGCAACGAAGUGUAUAUAUUCAUGAACAGAAAUGUCAUAGACUGACGUGUAAAUAUAUUUAAAAAUAUUAGUUAAUAUAAAUAAAAUCACAAUAGAAGUAGAAACAA